GAUGCUCAAACUAAUGAAUGAAUGAUACACGCUCAUACAUUGAAUCAAACGGCUGUGAAGUAGAACCUCGACAAACUAUAAUAUAUUUCAUAAAUUCGGGUUCAAUCCAAUUCAGAUUUGGAAUCUCAAAGUGGAAUAUGUAGCGUUGGAAUUUAAUUUAUGAAUUAAUACCUCUAAAUAUCAGUUGCGACAGCCUCGAAUUAAACACGAUUCAAUAUGACGGACAUGGAGCGGACCAUUCUGGACCACUACCAGCUUUCAUCUCCAUAUCCUAUAGAGUGGCCGGCGGAUAAAGAUACAAGUGACGUUUCAGAUGAGGAGGAUGAAGCUCCCAAGUCCAACCAGAAUGGUGCAAUGGCUGCAGCUGUCGCACGCAGAAAGUCCAAAUACUUCGCCCUGGAAAGAGCUAGUGAUCGCAAGAGUCUCAUUCCUAAUGCACAAAAGUCGGGGGAUGGGGUAGAGAAUUUGGUUCAAAGAGACGAGCAAGAUCCUCUUGGUAGCACCGAUAGUGUUGUGAGAGUUCUUCGGCAACAGGGUCUACCAGUACAAGACGACAUAGCUUUGCGUAACAGGUUUCUCUUGUCGUCUACAACAUUCUCGCCCGCCUUAUUCCUCUCCCAAGUCCAUUCUACUGCCUCUACGCAAGAUCUGUUACGCGGCUUAGAUCUACUCUCUAGAUCAAUUGACCAAAAGUCCGCAUCCCUCAAGGUCCUCGUCGAAUCGAACUUCGAACGCUUCGUGCGUGCCAAGGCCACAAUUGACAAUGUAUAUACUGAGAUGAAAUAUCGAGGGGCAGAACCACCCACAGCUUCUCGACCUAGACCUCAUUCCCGUCAUGCCAGCAGAAGCAGUUUUCGAGCCAGUAGUGGUAAUCAGAUCGGAAUGACGACUCCGGCACCUGUGGAUGUGAGAAAAAAGAACGCAUUGAUGAAAGAAAGCGAAUAUGGUGUCCUUGGAAUCAAGACUCCCCUUUUAGACGUGUCCGCAAAGGCAGAAGAGGUGUGGGGACCGGCAUUAGGGGGAAGAGAGAAGGAAGAUAGCCUGAAAGUAAUGGCUGGAACCGUUGACCGGUACAAAGAAUAUUACGAGGUUAAUGCUGCUAUUACCGAUAGUAUCAAGCGCAAAGACUAUGAAAGUAUUGUCGAAGAAUAUACAAAAGCAAGACGGUUUGCGGAUGACGCAAAGAAACUCACCGAAACGCUAGGAACUACACCACCGACUGAUCCCCAGAUACACCAAAUUCUUCUAGCUGCACGCGUAUGGCAUGAUGUCGAACAUCAGAUCGAGGAUUUUAAACGCGACGUAUGGAAGAAGUUAUCAUUGGCACAAGGUUCAGCUAGAGCAGAUGGGAUUUUCGGCGCCCAGCAGGAUCAGCACAUGGAACUUAUUGGAAUAUUACUCGAAUUAGGAGUAACAGACAACCCCAUCUGGGUUUGGUUACUGAGUCGUUUCGAUCACCUUAAAGUCAAAAUACAGACAACUUCCGAUCGUUCCAAGGUCGAGAUUGAAAUUUUACGGCGACGACUAGCUAGUGCUGAAAAGCCUGCACCUCAAAUUAUUGCUACUCACUUACGGUCGCUUGGACGUCAAAUGGUAGACAACAAACAAAUUUCAGUCGAUUCUCCAGAUAUCAUUGAGCUAUGGGAAAAACUGAACUCGUUUCUCCAUGGCAUGUUCUCUGCACAAGGAAUUCUUGGCGAAGUGACAGAGUUCUGGCAAACUGUUCAGAGUUUCAUUGAUGGCAGAGCACAAAAAGCUUUACCAGUGGGUAUUAAUGGGAAGUCUCGAGAGCAUCAUCGACUUUCUAAUGAUAACAUUAUUGAGCUGCAACAAGGAACAGUUGAGUUAGUAGAUAUGCUUCGGGAAAGUAUAUACGAGUUGUUUGUUGAUCCUCCAAUUGAGGAUAUCUCAGCACUGUUUUCACCUCUGCCGCCUACCCCACGCACACCAAGAACGGCUGAUUCGUUGACCCCGUCUGCUCUUCGAGGUUCUCGAUUCACGUUCGAUCCAAACAAUCUACCACCUCCAUCACCUAGACGAGGUGAAGCAUGGGAAAAAUUUGCCUUCUGGCCACCAUGGUCAAAUUCAGCCAGUGGAGUCCAUUAUUUGGCCAAAUUCCUUGCGCUUGUAGGUUCUGGUGCAAGUGAAAUGUCAGAAGUUUCACCUGUCAUUAGUGGAGAUGGUUCAGCCCUGGAAAGAUUAAAAGCCCUUGUUGGAGGAGCUCGUGAAAGAUGCGUGACUGCAAUUCUCGCAGCAUGGAAUAAGGAUGCUGAAAAUAUCAAGGUUUUGGAAGAUUGGAGGCGUUCUCCAGAUAAAAGAGACCUCACAAGAAUGCCAGCCAAUUUCAGUGCUUUCGAAAGCGCGAUUUUGUCAGGAAUGCAAAAAAUCCUUUAUAUUUCUGACGCAUCAAUCAAGCAAGGCUCUGCUGAGAUCGUUCUACCCCCGCCAGCCAAACUCCUGCAAAUGGUUCGCAGUCAGUUUGUGACAACCCUCUACAAAGCAUUGAGUGGAAUGGUCGAGAAUGCAGAAAGAUCCGUCAAAAAAGCGGAAGAUGACUGGACCGCCGAUACCGAUGGUUUGGCGACUCCUGUGGCGAUGGUUGUUGCUACAAGCAUGGGUGCUGGAACUGUCGAUGCUAGCGAUCGCAACGUUCGGAUGCUUUUAACUUUAAGCAAUCUGCAAGCACUUCGUGUUGAUGUCGUUCCAAAUCUUACAACGCAGUUCGAGAAUGCUUUCUCGGUCAAACUUACAGAGGAAGCCAAGACGAUAAGAGAUGUCCUAGGGCAAAUUGACGCUCGUCUUUUCCAAUCGUAUACUAAACCGACUGUUGAGACUCUCCGCGAUAUUGUGCGUCGCGGAGUUUUGGCACCGGAUUGGGCACCAACCGAACAACCAAAAGAAGUUCGGCCUUACGUAUACGAAGCUUUACUGUGUCUCGUUAUCGUCCAUACACAAGUAUCUACAACUGCCUCUUCCCUCACUGGUCAAGUUCUCUCUUAUCUCUUAGAGCAAGUAUCCCUGGAAUUCUUAGAGGCCUUCAAACAACGUCAGCGAUUUCCCCUCAAUUCUCUUAUGCAAGCUACUCUUGAUAUCGAAUUUGUCGCACAGACUAUGAAUCAAUAUACAACAGAGCGAGCAACAGAGACCUCAAGCCAGAUCUAUCAAGAGUUAGAUAAAGGAACAGAUGGCGAAGCGAGAGCCCGGUUACAAAAAAUACUGCCUGGGAUGAGAGUAGAUUUGAAGAGAUUAAGGGAAGCGAGUAAGAGCGAAUUCUCUUGCUUCAAGAAGGCGAGGAGUGGAAAUAAAGCAGAUAGAACUGCUAGUUCUAGUGCGCAAAGUACCGUUUAGAUAGGAAGACCAAUUAGAAAACAACCUCUUCUAAAAUUACUCCAUCGUAAUAACAAUAUAUGGGCCUUGAUCGAAAACUUUAACUAGGGGUGGAGAAAAUCCGUAGUCCAUUGAAGAUCCA